AUGGUUCAAAGAAUCCAGACUUUGGUUAUGGAUGCCAUAGACAACAAAAACGAUAGACAGGUUAUAAAGACAAAGCUUGGGGAUGUUAUUAAAGAGUUACAGGAUUUAGAGACAAAAGACCAGAGAAUAGAAACAGAAAACGCUGAACUUAAACGAGAAAUGAGGGCUUUGAAUGUAACAUUAAAUAACACAAAAUUCCUUUCAAUGGAGGAAAUUCGGAAUCUUAACAAGUCAGAAAUACACGCUCUAAGAACCCACUUUGCAAGUGAUUUACAAGAUUUGGUGAAAAAAGAAGAGCACAUAUCGGCAAAAAUUAUAUCUCUGAAUGAGACAGAAAUAAGUAAUCUUAAAAGGCAAACAUUAGCUCUUCAGAAAGAGAACCUGAAUCUUAUUAAAGAAAGUAGAACAACUAAAAGUCAACUUGAAGCUAUUGAAAGGAAAUUAGACGCUUUAAAUAGCUCUUAUUCCGUGUCUGAAAUAGAAAUUCAAAAGAAGAUUAAAGUUAAUCUACAAAAUGAUAAUAUACUACGAGAUGAUCUCCAAAAGCUGAAGAAGGUUAAUGAUGAUAUUCGAAGUGAAAGUGUGGUUCUCAAGAACAAUACUCUAGAAAUGACUGAAAAAAGUUAUUCAUUAAUGGAUCAACUUAAUGAGAUGAACGAGACUUUACACAAAAUCAGUGCAAGUAAUGUUUUUGAUCGGCUUGCAUCAACAGAAAACAUGUUUAGAAUUUUCUCUGCCUCUGUUAAUAAAAGUUUUGAAAAUCUUCGUGAGGAUUUAAAUGAGUCAAGUCUACAAUUGGAACAUAUUUCUAACCAGUUGACCAGUAAGUAUAAGAUGCAUGUAACAUAA